CAGCGGAACAAAAAGCCGGGGGAAGUUGGCGCGUGCUGUUGUUGCUGCGCUCGGAGGACACAGUGACGCUUUAGCGUGAACCGUAGUGAACAAUAGUGAACUGCAGCGCUCGACUCUGCUUUCUGUGCUGGGUGAGCGGACGUGGUGAGCUCCGGCCGCUUUGUAGUGAGAUAACGGCGCUGUUGGUGAGGAUGUCUGAGGCGGACGUGGAGCAGCGGGAAGGAGAGCGCGCGCGCCCCGGCACGGCCGAGGAUGGUGGCUCAGACGCUGGCAAUGACGAGACCUCAGACUCCACGCAGGAUGGAGGCGAACAGUCGUCAUUGCCUCCAACCGAAAAAACAAAGGUGGAGCUGCUCGGGGGUUAUGAAGAGAAAGUGAAAACGGACCGGACAAACAGAUUUGAGUACCUGCUGAGGCAGACGGAGGUGUUCGCCCACUUCAUUCAGCCUGCAGCCCAAAAGACCCCCACCUCUCCCUUAAAGAUGAAGCCUGGGCGUCCUCGCAUUAAGAAAGACGAGAAACAGAACCUUCUGUCUGCUGGAGAUAAUCGUCACCGUCGCACCGAACAGGAAGAGGAUGAGGAGCUGCUCAGUGAGAGCAGUAAAGCUGCCAACGUGUGCACACGCUUUGAUGAGUCGCCGUCGUAUGUCAAAACGGGCAAACUGAGGGACUACCAGAUCCGUGGGCUCAACUGGCUCAUCUCGCUCUAUGAGAAUGGAAUCAAUGGCAUCCUGGCGGAUGAAAUGGGUCUGGGAAAGACUCUUCAGACCAUCUCUCUCUUGGGCUACAUGAAGCACUACAGGAAUAUCCCUGGUCCUCACAUGGUCCUGGUGCCCAAGUCUACCCUGUAUAACUGGAUGAACGAGUUUAAACGCUGGGUGCCCUCCCUCCGAGCCGUCUGCCUCAUCGGGGACAGAGAUGAGAGGACGGCCUUUAUCCGUGAUACUCUACUGCCAGGAGAGUGGGAUGUGUGCGUCACAUCCUAUGAAAUGCUCAUCAUUGAAAGGGCUGUUUUUAAAAAGUUUAACUGGAGGUACCUGGUCAUUGACGAGGCCCAUCGUAUCAAGAAUGAGAAAUCGAAACUCUCUGAGAUUGUGCGAGAGUUCAAGACAACCAACCGUCUGCUGCUGACGGGGACACCACUGCAGAACAACCUGCACGAGCUGUGGGCUCUUCUAAACUUCCUGCUUCCAGAUGUCUUCAACUCCUCUGAGGACUUUGAUUCCUGGUUCGACACCAACAACUGUCUUGGAGAUCAAAAACUGGUGGAGCGUCUACACACUGUAUUGCGUCCUUUUCUCCUGAGGCGUAUCAAAGCCGACGUGGAGAAAUCUCUCCUCCCAAAGAAGGAGAUCAAGAUGUAUGUGGGUCUCAGUAAAAUGCAGAGAGAAUGGUACACCAAGAUCCUGAUGAAGGACAUCGACAUCCUGAACUCUGCAGGGAAGAUGGACAAGAUGCGUCUGCUGAACGUGCUCAUGCAGCUCAGGAAGUGCUGCAACCACCCGUACCUGUUCGACGGGGCAGAGCCCGGCCCACCCUACACCACGGACCUCCACCUGGUCGUCAACAGCGGCAAAAUGGUCGUCCUCGACAAGCUUCUGCCCAAGCUGAAGGAACAAGGUUCUCGUGUGCUGAUCUUCAGCCAGAUGACCAGGAUGUUGGACAUUCUGGAGGACUACUGUAUGUGGCGUAACUAUGGUUACUGUCGCUUGGAUGGCCAGACGCCCCAUGAGGAGAGACAGAUUUCCAUCAACGUGUUCAACGAGCCCAACAGUGCCAAGUUUCUCUUCAUGUUGAGCACGCGGGCUGGCGGCCUGGGCAUCAACCUGGCCACGGCUGACGUGGUCAUCAUUUACGACUCCGACUGGAACCCACAAGUGGACCUGCAGGCCAUGGACCGUGCGCACAGGAUUGGUCAGAAAAAGCAGGUGCGCGUGUUCCGUUUCAUCACAGAGAACACGGUGGAGGAGAGAAUUGUGGAGCGUGCUGAAAUGAAGCUCCGCCUGGACUCCAUUGUCAUCCAGCAAGGUCGCUUGGUGGACCCCAACCUGAGCAAACUGGGCAAGGAUGAGAUGUUGUCCAUCAUUCGUCACGGUGCCACCCACGUCUUUGCCUCCAAGGAGAGUGAAAUCACAGAUGAAGACAUCGAUGCCAUUCUGGAGAGAGGAGAGAAGAAGACCAUGGAGAUGAAGGAGAAGUUGUCCACUCUGGGUGAAAGCUCUCUGAGAAAUUUCACAAUGGACACAGAAAACAGUGUCUACAACUUUGAGGGUGAAGAUUACAGAGAAAAGAAAAAGGUCAUUACCAACUGGAUUGAGCCCCCCAAGCGGGAGCGCAAGGCGAACUACGCCGUGGACGCCUACUUCCGCGAAGCACUGCGCGUCAGCGAGCCCAAAGCGCCAAAGGCUCCCAGGCCUCCCAAACAGCCCAACGUCCAAGACUUCCAGUUCUUCCCUCCUCGGCUUUUUGAGCUGCUAGAAAAGGAGAUCCUGUACUACAGGAAGACUAUUGGCUACAAGGUGCCCAGGAACCCGGAUCUGCCCAACUCUGCUCAGGUGCAGAAGGAGGAGCAGACCAAGAUCGAUGAGGCUGAGCCCCUGAACGAGGAGGAGUUGGAAGAGAAGGAGAAUCUCCUCACCCAGGGCUUCACCAUCUGGAACAAGCGAGACUUCAACCAGUUCAUCAAGGCUAAUGAGAAAUGGGGACGAGACGAUAUUGAGAACAUCGCCCGUGAAGUGGAGGGUAAAACACCUGAGGAGGUCAUGGAAUAUUCUGCUGUGUUCUGGGAGCGUUGCAAUGAGCUGCAGGACAUUGAGAAGAUCAUGGCACAGAUUGAGAGGGGAGAGGCAAGGAUUCAGAGAAGAAUCAGCAUCAAGAAAGCCCUGGACUCCAAGAUCGGCCGCUACAAGGCACCGUUCCACCAGCUGAGGAUCUCGUACGGGACCAAUAAGGGGAAGAACUACACCGAGGAGGAAGACCGCUUCCUCAUCUGCAUGCUGCACAAGCUGGGCUUCGACAAAGAGAGUGUUUAUGACGAACUGCGCCAGUGUAUCCGCAACUCACCCCAGUUCCGCUUCGACUGGUUCCUCAAGUCCCGCACGGCAAUGGAGCUACAGAGGAGGUGUAACACACUGAUCACUCUUAUUGAACGUGAGAACAUGGAACUGGAAGAAAGGGAGAAAGCGGAGAAGAAGAAACGUGGCCCACGCAGCUCCUCUGCUCAGAAGCGCAAGCAGGACGGCACCCCGGAUGGUCGUGGGCGUAAGAAGAAACUGAAGCUCUAAUGGGCGUUAAACUGCGCCCGCACAGCCCUCGCUGACGGACAAGAGCUUCAGUAGAGUAGAACGUGCGUUUGUGUUACGGGUCCCACUCAUGUACUGUACAUACUCGCAGAAGCGCAGAGCUGAACCUUGCCUCACUGUAGCUUGUCCUUUUUAGAAAGAUGUAGUAUUGUAAAUUAGAUAUUAUCUUUUAGUUACAUAAUGUUCUAUGGCUGUGCUGUUUCUUUUUUUUUUUUUUUUUCCAAUCUCUUUUGUAUCUGUAAUUUGUGACUUAAAUAAAUGUAUUUAUGCCUGUUGGUUAAGUACCACAUUCCCUUUGUGUGUAUCAAAAAUAAAUUGCUGCCUUUUUUUUUUUUUUUUAAGAGUCCUCAGUAUUGUAUACGUACGUACCUUUUGAGUCUUCUGGAAUGUGUGUCUAAUAAAUGCCUUUUUGUUUUGUAA